AUAGAGAGAGAGAGAGAGAGGGAGAGAGAGUGAGAGAGAAACGGCGUGCUGCUUUACUGUGCUAUGAAGUGUCAGUGAACACCGCAAUACAGAAAAAACGAAAACAGCUCAUUCCUGACCAUACGUGGGAAAAACGAGUGAAGAAUCGAAGCGAUUUCAUUCAGAUGCUGCAGUUUUGAUUUGCCGUGUAGCUCAGCAGCAGCAGCAGCAGCAGAUCUGUGAAGAGCCGGACUGAAACUGCGCAGCACUGCCCGUGCGAGGCGGAGCGGAGACGCAUCUGAAACAUUCACAUCAAACUUCUCAACCCACCGACAUCUUUACUAAACACAACAUGGAAUAGACGGACGCCGAGAGAACCCUAAUAACACAAAUUGAUGUUUUCUGCUGAAAAACCGACAGAGGGGAAGAAACUGAAGCGUUAAAUCAGCAUCAAGCUCUGUGGUGGAUUGAAAGAAGGAGCUCAAGAUGUCUGUACCGGUGUUCUGUAAAAUGUUUGACUGUCUUCAGGGGACUUCAGCUGAGAUAGGAUCUAGACCUCUGAAUCCCUCGUCUGCAGGAUCUGCAGCUCUUCUAGAUCAUCACCUCCUUCAUUCAGACCCACUGAAUGUGUUGGCAAAAGCCCUGUAUGACAAUGUGGCGGAGUCUCCAGACGAGUUGUCCUUUCGGAAGGGCGACAUCAUGACCGUGCUGGAGCGGGACACGCAGGGCUUGGAAGGCUGGUGGCUCUGUUCGCUGCAUGGCCGGCAAGGAAUUGUUCCUGGCAACCGGCUGAAGAUUCUCGUUGGCAUGUAUGAUAAGCAGCAACAGCAGCAGCUACAGCAGUUAGCGAACCAACCCAGCCCAACCCAGAGCCUCAUCAACCUGCCUCAGAGUGCCUACAACAAGAUACCCCCUGCAGCCCAGUACACGGCCAUGCACCCCGCCUUCACCCCCUCUGGCUCUGCCAACUCCACCAACCCAGACGGCGUUUACAUGCUGCCCCCCAGCCAUGGCUCUAGCCUCUACCAGGUGCCCUCCGGCCCCCCGACUCCACAGCCCCAACCCAAGGCCCCCGCUUUAGCAAAGAAGCAAACUCAUGUGCAGUACCCUCCCACUACACAGGAUGUCUACCAGGUGCCCCCCUCCAUUAACGCACCAGGCCAGGACAUCUACCAGGUGCCACCCGCUGCAGGAGGGCAGUGUCCCGGGCAGGACGUGUACCAGGUGCCACCCUCUGUGAACCAGACACAGGAUGUUUACCAGAUUCCCCCAUCUUUAGACAGGAGCUGGGACUCUCCCAAACCCAUGGGGAAGGUUGUUGUUCCCACACGGGUUGGUCAAGUCUAUGUGUAUGACACGGGAAAAAAUGAACAGGACGAAUAUGAUGUCCCGAGACACCUUCCACCCAGCCAGGACAUCUAUGACGUGCCACCCACCCGAACCCAGUACAUCCAACAGGUUUAUGAUACUCCUCCUAUGGCAAUGAAAGGCCCACCCAGUGGUCAGGAAAUCUACGACACUCCACCUAGUGUGGAUAAGAGCCAGCUGCACUACCAACAAACGGUAUAUGACAUUCCUCCAUCUGUCAGCAAAGACGUUCCAGAUGGUCCAAUCAGGGAGGAAACGUACGACGUUCCUCCUCAUUUUGCCAAGAUGAAGAGCCUGGAGAAUCAGAACCAAGCCUAUCUGUCUCAGAUCCCUGGCGGUCCCGAGCCUCCCAUACCAGAGGAUGUCUAUGAUGUUCCUCCUCCUCAGCUAAUAGGAAAACGACAGCCUGAGGGCCAGGAGAUCUACGACAUCCCUGCCAGCCUGCGAAAAGGUGGCCCACAGGACCACCACCCCACAGAUGUGUACGACUUCCCUCGUGAGCGCCCAGCAGGCGAAGAUUCAGGCGAUUACGUGUAUGAUGUGCCUCCACAGGUGGUCCGUGAUGCAGCGGCCACCGAGGAGCUCACGGUCAGCUUCAAACGGCUGUCAGCGUCCAGCACUGGAAGCACUCGCAGUAAUCUCUCCACGUCCUCUUUAGACAUGGUGCCAGUGCGGGAAUCUUCUGGGCCAGGUCGCUUGCUGCUCCUGGAUCUGGACCAGGCUAUGGAGCGUCUGUCCCGUCAUCAACAGGCUGUGGAGAGCUCCGUUUCUCUCCUCAUGUCGUUCAUCAGUGGAAACUGGCGCAGCUCCACUCAGAUGGAGUCCAACCUCCCUGCCAUCCGACAGGCCGUGGACCGCAUCCGUGUGGCAGUCAGGGACCUGCUGGAAUUCGCUAGAGGUGCUGUAGCCAAUGCCACCCAGGCCACCGACCGCACACUGCAGACCAAGCUUGGCAAGCAGGUGCAGAAGAUGGAGGAGGCCUUCCAAGGUCUGGUGAGGUACAGUCAGGCACUGGACACUUUGGGCUGGUCCCCUGCAGCCCUGAUGACAUCUCAGCCAGGCACAGGUGGGGAUGACCUGGACCGGCUGAUCAUGUGUGCACGUGGUGUACCUGAUGACACCAAGCAGUUAGCAUCGUUUCUCCAUGGCAAUGCCUCUUUGCUCUUCAAACGGACAAACAAGCAGCAGCAGCUUCCUUUGCCACCUGUUCCUCAUACCGGUGACUCGCUGACCAAUAAUAACAACAUCUCAGCCUAUCAGUCAGGGACACCAGAAAGGGCCAACAUCCAGUCCCGUCCAUUACCCUCCCCUCCCAAAUUCUCAGCCGAGGAGGAGGCUCCAGAUAGGCCGUAUGAGACAACAGAGGAGGGUUGGAUGGAGGACUACGACUAUGUCCAUUUACAGGGUAAAGAAGAGUUUGAGAAGAACCAAAGACAGCUGUUGGAAAAAGGGAGCAUCAAACAAAAUAAGACUCAGCUUGAACAGCAACAGCUGAAGCAGUUUGAACGACUAGAGCAGGAGGUCUCUCGACCAAUCAACAAUGACAUUUCGGGUUGGACUCCGCCCUCUCACUACCCCCAGACGCAGCGCAGUAAACUGUGCAUGGGCGACCGGCAGCUACUGCUUUUUUACAUGGAGCAAUGUGAAGCCAACAUCACCACGCUCACCAACGCCAUAGACGCGUUCUACUCCUCCAUUAACAACAACCAGCCGCCCAAAAUCUUCGUCGCCCACAGCAAGUUCGUCAUCCUCAGUGCCCACAAGCUGGUCUUCAUCGGAGACACGCUCUCUAGGCAAGCCAAGUCUCCAGAGGUUCGCACCAGAGUGGCACAGCACAGCAACACACUCUGCGACAAACUCAAAGACAUUGUGGUCAGCACCAAAACAGCAGCCCUGCAGUACCCCUCGCCAGGAUCCACCAGAGACAUGACAGAGAGGGUGCGGGAGCUGGCGGGAUGCACCCAACAGUUUCGCAUGGCACUCAAUCAGCUACUGGCCAUGUGAGAGCCUCGGGACAGGGCCUGUUUUAAACUCACUGGACAAAUGUACCCUGUGCCACGAGCUUUUUAUCUCCAGGACUAAAUGAUUAAUGGGCAGAACGAUUGGUUGUAAAUGAAUCAUUGUAAAUAUUUAAGUUGCUGUAUGUUGGGGUGAACAAAGACGGUUGAGGAACUUUUGGAACAAGGGAGGAGAGAGAGAUGGAGAUUAUCUAAAGGGUAGAUUUAAGACGUUAUGCAUUAUUAUAGCUAAACUGUAAUUAUUGCUCUGAUUAUUAUAAUUGUCAUUAUUAUUAUUAUUAUUAUGAGAUGCUGACUAAAGGUGUUUAAAAUUUUAAACGUGUAUGUAGAAGUACAUCCAUUUUCAUCACAGAUCAACAACUGAGGCUUUUUAUAAAUGAAUUGUGCCUGUUGAAAGCGUUAAGGGCACUUAACGUUAAUGCUCUUUUAUCUGCUGUUCAUACAGGGUGGGUCAGUGUGAACGCAAAGCAUGCUGGGAGUGAGCCAAUUAACAGGUUUCAGCUGCAUACAAAAUCGCAUACUUUCGUACUAUACAGUAGGCUAAAACAUAGUAUGUCAGAAUUCAUUAAAGAACUGAUAGAGUCUAACUAGAUUUUGAGGUGGACAUUUGAUUCCAUUAGGCCACAGGAGAGGAUUGUAGUAGUAAAAGGAUGCAAUUGAUGCCAGUUGGUCACAUGAUCAGGACAAUAUGGCAAAUAUAGUACAUUCAUACAUUUUACAACAUUUAUUCAUGUUCUUUUUGGCUUAAACCCUGCUUUUACUGUGAGAUUUCAGCCACGAUUUUGUCAUCUGAGACAAAUUUGAGAUUCCUGAAAUCCUAGUCUAAAAUCUGUGGUCUUUGAUCGUUGGUUUGACAUGUUCACUGACAGCCACGUAAUGCCUGUUGUGAUCAGAUUUUUCUGUCAAGGUCUGCAAGUGUCAGAUUUCAGACACUUUCCUGCAGUGUGACAACAGCUGCGAAGAGCAUCAAUCCAAAAACCAAGGAGCUUCAAAUUUGAUGACGCAAUCCAUGCGACAAUUCAAAUGACCACGAGGUAAUGUCAGAACAAUGACAUCAAACUCUGGGAGCAUUUCCUUUUGUGUUUGGCAUGUCUUCAUUGUUGUUGAGUCUGACUUUAUGACAGCUGAGAUCUUACAGUGUAAGAUAAGAGCCAUGCUCGUGCAGUCUCACAUGCUACAGUCAUUUAGGAUUAUAAAAAAAAUUUGCACAGUGUGAGCAAGAAUUAAUCAGGGUUCACCACAGCGGAAUAAAUCGCCAACUUAUCCAGCAUGCGUUGUAGGCAGCGCAACCCAUCACUGGGAAACACCCAUAAACUCUCAUUCACACACAUACACGUUCAUUUUAGCAUAACCAAUUCACCUGUAGGUCAUGUCUUUGGACUUGUGGGGAGCACUUGGAGAAAACCUACGCAAAUAUGGGUAGAACAUGCAAACUCCACACAGAAAUGCCAACUGACCCAGCCAAAGCUCGAACUAGCGUCCUUCUUGUUGUAAAGCAACAGCGCUACACAUAUAUAUAUAUAUCAUCUAAGUACAAACUACUAAAAAGAGUAUGCGAUUUUGAAGCGCAGCUGCCUCCUUAUUUACUGUGAGAGUUUCAAUCACUUAUUUCCAGACUUUCUCCAUAGCAAUGCGAUGGAGAACACAAACUUUUCUAUUUAAAAAAAAAAAAAAAACAUUUGAACAUAUUGAAAUAUUUCCUGCCUGUAAGCUCCACAAAUGCCUGCUCACGGCUGUGCCCCUCUGGCAUGUUUUAGGCUAGUUUGAAAACCUAUCACGCCACUAUUACUCAGUCCUUACUCAGUGAUCUUUUGACCUUUACUGUAGUGCCACGUCCUGCUGGACAGGUGCAUUGUGGCAACAAAAUUCAGUCCCUGAUUUCAAUUCUGAUCUUUGUCUUAGAUCACAUCCGACAUAACCUGAGGCAUUCAGUGCACAAAUGUACUAGAUCCAAAACCAGCUUGUAUAAAAAAAAAAAACUUUCCCCAUUGCAUCUGUUUUCUGAAUCACCUUCCUGAAGCUCAACCUCCCCCGCAUUGUCUUUUAUCUCCCUGUUGGUUGUAUUCUAAAUUUAAGAAUAUGUCAGAAAAAGUAGUUUAAUGAAACCUAUUAAACUUUUUAAGUACUGCAACAUGUUGUUGUGCAUAUAGUCGAAAUCCUUAUCCAUCUGAAAUAAAGAAAGAAAAAAAAGCAUUUAAGCCAAACACAGUGAGCUGAUAUAUGUUGUAUUGUUAUUCUGUUCUCAAAUCUGUGUUCAAGGAUUUGAAUGAUAUUGAUAUAUGUUACUGUAAAUUGCAUAACUGGAAAUAUAUGUUUAAUAUAUUUUCAUUAAAAAAUACAUUUUCAGUCCAA